AUGAUGAUGAUGUAUGAUGAGAUGGGUUUAUCCGGUGAUAUGGACGUGUUUUCGGGUCCUCUAGUCGAGGGUGAUGUUUCCGCCCGGCAAACUGAACCUGGGGUGAUGGUUGGUGAAGAUUACAGUGACGAUGAAAUGGAUAUUGAUGAGCUUGAGAAGAGGAUGUGGAAGUACAAAAUGCUUCACAAGCGGUUGAAGGAUAAGGAGCAAAGCAAGCCGAGGGAAGGUUUUGAUGCGGCGAAGCAGAGGCAAUCCCAAGAACAGGCAAGGAGAAAGAAGAUGUCGAGGGCUCAAGACGGAAUCUUGAAGUACAUGCUGAAAAUGAUGGAGGUUUGUAAGGCUCAAGGGUUUGUUUAUGGGAUAAUUCCCGAGAAAGGGAAGCCUGUGACUGGGGCGUCCGAUAAUCUCCGGGAGUGGUGGAAGGAUAAGGUUAGGUUCGAUCGGAAUGGUCCAGCUGCGAUAUCCAAGUACCUAGCGGACAAUGCGAUUCCGGGGAACAACGAUGGGGGUAAUUCAAUUGGUCCAACCCCUCAUACUUUGCAAGAGCUGCAGGACACAACUUUGGGUUCUCUGUUAUCAGCACUGAUGCAACACUGUGAUCCCCCUCAGAGGCGGUUUCCGUUGGAGAAGGGUGUUUCUCCUCCAUGGUGGCCAACGGGGAGUGAAGAAUGGUGGCCCCAUAUCGGUUUACCGAAAGAUCAUGGUCCUCCGCCUUACAAGAAGCCUCAUGACCUGAAGAAGGCAUGGAAGGUUGGAGUCCUGACUGCUGUUAUCAAGCACAUGUCUCCCGACAUUGCCAAAAUUCGCAAGCUUGUGAGACAGUCCAAAUGCCUUCAAGACAAAAUGACCGCUAAGGAAAGCGCAACCUGGCUUGCAAUCGUCAAUCAAGAAGAAGCUUUAGCGCGACUGCUUUAUCCUGAUUAUGUUCCCCCGUUUACCGCAUCUGGGGGAAGCGGGUCUUUUUCCACCAAUGAUGGAAACGAGUAUGAUGUCGACGGCGGAGAAGAUGAGCCAAAUUUUGACAUCGAGGAACGGAAACCUGAAAGUCUUAUUCUUCCAUCCAGCAUCGGGAUGAUGGAGAGAAUGAGGGGCCUAAGACUGCCCAUUCAGCAGCCUUCUUUCGCAAUGAAGGCAGAUGCUGUAUCAAACAUGGAUUUCAUGCGGAAGCGGAAGAUCUCUGGUGACUUUAACAUGAUGAUGGAUCCAAAAAUUUUCACCUGCGAACACCCUCCGUGUCCUUAUAGCGAACUUCGCCUCGGUUUUCAGGACAGGACUUCUAGGGACAAUCAUCAAUUGUGUUGUCCAUAUAGAGCCAGUUUAUCAGAUUAUGGUGGUCCAAGUUUUCAUGCUAACGAGGUUAAACCAGUCAUAUUCCCUCAGUCCUUUGUUCAACAGAAACCUACAGCUCAGUCUGUCAACUUGGUUCCACCUUCCGUUGAUCUCACCGGACUCGGAGUUUCAGAAGACGGUGAGAAAAAUAUCGGCGACCUUAUGACAGUCUAUGAUUCCGACGUUCACCAAAGCAACCGGAAUACUAACAAUCGUGUAGCUACUUCCGCUGUGGAGAAUCACAAUUUACUGCAUCCUAGCAGCAUUCAGCCGCAGCAGCAACAACAGCAGCAUCAGAAUUUCUACCGCGGUCAAGGAAUGGUGAUGGGAGGAACCAACAUGUCGAAUAAUAACCAUCAUCAUCACAUGUUUGCAAGGGAUGAAAGUCAAUUCAACCGGUUCAGAGCUUUGAAUUCUCCGUUUGAGAACAAUCACAAUCACAAUCAGAGUCACAAUCACAACAACAACAGCAACAAUAAUUUCCAGUUUAUGUUUGGGUCCCCCCAGUGUGAUCUGUCAUCGUUUGAUUUCAAGGAGGACAGUCAUGGAGUAGGCAUGGAUCCUCUGCAGAAACAGCAAGAUAUUUCAAUAUGGUACCAGUGA